AUGUUCGUCCUUGCCGACAUCCAAGACACAAUCAGUGUGCACCCGUCGGCAUUCGGCCAACCGUCGCUGACAAGCAUCUCGGACCAGAUCAACGUCAAAUACGCCAACAAGAUUCUCGUCGAUGUUGGACUCUGCAUCUCGCUCUUCGACAUUCUCAGCUGUUCCGAGGGCAAGGUACGCUUUGGCGACGGAUGUCUCUACCACCACGUUACAUUCCGACUCAUCGUCUUCCGGCCAUUUACGCAGGAAGUGCUGACGGGCAAGAUCAAGUCUUCGGACGAAGCGGGGAUCCGCAUCACGCUCGGAUUCUUUGACGACAUCUACGUGCCCUUCCAUCUGAUUCCCAAGCCGUGCGCGUUUGACCACCAGGAGCGUGCGUGGUUCUGGUUGUACGAAGCGCGGACGGAGCAGAUCGCGGCGGACCCGCUGCUCAGCCAGCAGGACGAGAGGAUGUACUUGGACACGGCAGAGGCAGUACGCUUUACCGUCGAAUCCGACGCCUUCUGGGACGCAGAGCCAGGCCCCGGCGCAGCUCCGGGUGCAGCCGACCCCUCAGCCCACCACAACCAGCACACGGCCAAAGAGACCAGACCGCACUACAGCAUCACCGCUAGCAUCGCCGGGAGCGGACUGGGCCUCGUCUCGUGGUGGACUGGCGCCGAAGCAGCUGCUGGCCAAGAGGAGCAGUAUGCAGAAGAAGAACCGCAGCAAGAGACGCUGGAAGAAGCGGGUCAAUAG